AUGGAAGAGAAUCCAGGUGUGGCUCUCUCUGGAGCUGGGCCAGCCCAAGAGGAGGUGGAGAGCACAGCAGAGCAUCCUGUGCACCAAGAGCCCACCCCAGAAACACUUGGGCACCAAGUGGCAAGCAGGCGGCCUGAGACCCCCUGCACACCAGAGGAGGACUCUUUGGUGUGUAAACCCCCAACCGCUGACGGAGGAGAGACGACGCUGUUGGAUUCAGCUGACCCCACAGUAGAGGAGAAGGUUCCUCAGGAAACGGAAGUAUCACGGGUAGAAUCUGGGAAUACCAGAGAUGGUGUCUCAGAAAGACCCCAGGAAGACGACGACUUGGAUGAAGCCAGGCUGGCCCACCAUAAAACGGCCAGCCAAGGAGAUGGCCCUGUCCACCAGGAAGCAGGGGAGGACCAGGAGACCAGCAAGCAGUGUGGAAGCUCUUACACAGCUGAGGAAGGUGCUUCAUCAAGAAGCAAGUCACUGAGCUCUGACAGUAAAAUAACACUUUGGGACAUGACUGCCACAGAAGAUGUCACCAAGGGCCUCUUGGCAGAGAAGAGCACCACUGCCCCUCUCCAAGAUCAGGAGCCAGAAGAGCACAUAGAGCAAGAAACACAGGAGAGAGGAUCCCAAAGCACAUUAAGGAACAGACAUGGGACCAAAGGGCACACAGCCCCAAAGCCAGAGGCUCCGUCCUGCUUGCAGAACAUCACCACACGGAACACAGACCAGGAGAAGGCCAAAGAGUCCUUCUUGCUGAAAGGUGAGGAAAAGCAGCUUCUGUGCAUUACCCAUUGUCCAGAAGGCACUGAUCCUCCAGGAACGAGGCUUGUCAUCGUGAGCCUCGUAUUGCUCGGCUUCUGCAUAUUCAGCUUCGGCAACCCGACCGCCGAGUCCCAGCAGACCCCCAGGAACCCCAUGGUGGAGGCCUUUCUGUCCCAGUUCAACCAGCUGCAGGACAGGUUUCCGGGGCAGAGUCCCCAGCUGUGGCUUCGUGGGCGGAAGCUCCUGCAGAAGCACCUCAAUGCAUCCCACCACACGCAGCCGGCCAUCGUCAUCUUCACGGCCGCCCGUAAGGGUGAGCGGACCUUGCGAUGCCUUAGCAGCCAUGUGGCUGAUGCUUACUCGGCUGCCCUGCAUGCCAGCACGGUCCAGAUCGAUGGCACGGAUAAAUCCAGGCUCCAGAGCGACGAGGCCAAGCUGGAGGUGGACUCAGAGCUGAGCUCAGCUUUCCAGGCUGGGGGCCGUGCUGCGGUGAUACACCGCUUCGAGUUGCUGCCGGCGGGGGCCACCCUCAUCUUCUACAAAUAUUGCGACCAUGAAAGCGCUGCUUUCAAGGAUGUGGCCCUGCUGCUGACCGUGCUGCUGGAGGAGGAGACGCUGGAGACCCACAUCAGCCUCCAGCAGGUGGAAGAGAGGGUCCGUGACUUCCUCUGGGCCAAGUUCACCAACACCAGGACCCCCAGCUCCUACGACCACAUGGACUCCGACAAACUGAGUGGGCUGUGGAGCCGCAUCUCCCACCUGGUGCUACCGAUCCACCCGGUGCAGACCAUCGAGAAGAAGGGCUGCCACGUCCACACCAAACCCUAG